AUGAAUAAAUUUUAUAUUCAAAUCGCUUUAUUUAUUUUAAGCAUUUUCGCAUAUGCAAAUAAUGAAACCCUUGCAGCUGAGCCUGAUCCAGGAAAUGCUACAACAUCUAAUCCAAAUAAUUGUUACUCUACUCCAGAAGAAAUAUAUGAAGAAAACAAGCACCUAUUAUGUACCGAUCUCAAUGAAACUAUAAAUGCAGGAAAAUUUAUGAAUGAAGCUGUAUUAAAUUUAAUAUAUCAUGUUAUAUAUGAAACUGGCUAUAAAACAUUUAAAACAAAAUAUGAUAAUGUUAUGUCUGGAUAUAAAAAAAAACAUGGUCGUACAAAUAUUAUAAAAGUUUAUCAAUCAUAUGACGAUCCGAAUAUGUAUGAUCAACUAAUAAACAGCAUAUGGGACCCCAAUAUUCCCAAUAUUUUCAAUACUGGCACUGUUAAAAUUGUCCGUGUAUACAAUCCAAAUUUAGUAAUGGUACAACAACGUUACAAACAAGAUUCUAAAGACCGUCAGAAAUAUUUUUAUGCUUUAGCCAAAAAAGUUCAAAUAGCAGACGACGCAACCGUAAUUGCCAUGGCUUCAGCAAACAUAAAUGAUUUCAACCCUCGCAAUGAAGAAUAUAAAAACGCAAUCAUAGAAAACGCAAAAUUAUUCAAAACUAACGUUAGUCCUGAAGAUGAUAUUAUAAAUGGAAAAUUAAAAAAAGUGUUUGUUAACAUAACCGGAUACUUCAUUCAAAAAUUCAGAAGACGUGUUGAUUUAGCUUAUAUCGAAUCUAUUAAUGGACAUAGUUCCUUUUAA